CUUUUCUUUCCAUCUUUUUUAUUCUUUCUUUUGGCUUCUGUAGUUUUUUGCUUUGACUUGGGCUUUCUUUUUUGUCUUUUUGUAAUGACGGAACGUUUCGAAUUUCAACUACCUGACAAUAUGCCUGCGAUACGCACGUCGAUUAUACGGCGAAUUCAGAAACGUAAAGCUGGGUUGAACAAGACGGGAUCCAAACGACAUAGUUCUGUUGAUGGCCAUCUCGAUAAUGGUCUUCCUUCUCCACCCAUAGAGACAUGUACUUUUGAAGAAGGCCAUGCCUACCCACCCUUACUAGAGUCUAGAAGUAUGUCCAAACAACCACAGCCAAAAGAGCCAUCCCCACCAGCACAGACGUCCGACGUGCACUCGUCUUGUGCUUCACCCAACUCAAGCACCAUCUCCCCUCCUUGUUCCACCUCGAGUGAAUUAGAUCAAGAGACUGUGCGUCAAAAAAUUAAGCAACUGCAGGAAGAAAAGCAUAAACUAUUCCAAAUCAUGAAAGAUCUGUUGUCACGCCCACCUGUUGCUUCCAAUCCAGCACCGGCUUCGCCUGCCAGUACUACCACCGCCACGGCGACGCAUUCUCCCACCAUGGAUACCACCGCGAUGACUCUUCAAUCUCCUCCUUCUCCUUCUCUUCCUUCUAAGGAUACUGCCGUGGCUACGACCGUGACCACACCGACCGCGGCUACUGCUCUUGCUGCAUCUACCCUUCCUCCUUCGUCCCCCUCCUUGUCCUCCGCUUCACCCUUGCCGUCUCCUGCUCAGUCCGAGCCUUCACCAUUCAAACGAGAACGUACUGUUUCUGAAAAGAUGGAAGACUAUCGGCGUUCCGUGAGUCGAGACCGUCGUCACAGUCGAUCCCAUAGUAUGAGUCAGUAUGAAUACCGAUUCUCGCCGUCAUCAUCGUCCAUGGAGGGGUCUUUCCACCCAUUGCCAUCUUCCCCAUCCCAACGUUAUCACUACAAUGAUCGUUCACGCGCACCUUUAGCAUCGUCAGCUUCACGUUACUAUCCAGAUUAUGACAAUCGAGUGCCGGGUGCCAGUCGCUAUUCUCCUUUACAUUCUCCCAAUACGUCCACUUCCCAUGCUUGGUCAAAUCCCGCUUACAUGUCUCGUCGACCACCUUCGGGCUUCCCUCGGUCCGGCAGUGGUCCUAUUAGAAACAACUUCCGACCCUCCAGACCCCUUGCCGAUAGACACAUCCCACGUUACUAAACAACAACAGCAUGGAUUUCAUGACGUUUUUCCUUAUAUUUUGUUUUCUCUUUGCAUCUCAUGACCUCUAUUUAAACAUUGUGCAUAGUUCCGAUAUACCAUUUUUAUUUUACGUUAUCAAAAAACUUUGAAAAAAGAGAAAUCCUCCACACACACACUCCCCAAUUCUCAUCCUUUUUUUUUUCUUUGUCGUCCUA